ACCAAGCUGAUUCUAAUCAGCUUAAUCAUAGAGAUGCUUCUGAUUGGACUAUUCUAGUUGCUUGGAACACUUUAAGUUGAGCCCAAGUUUGGUAAUCGUAGAAAGGUAGUUGGGGCCAGAUGUUAUAUGCUAAGAUGGAGUUUGGACCUGGAAGCUAUCUUUUACUCUUACUGUUAGCCUUUGGACAACAUAUUAAUGCAAUUAGUUCAAGAGCUCAGGGCUCGACGGGCAUAAAACCUUAUUUCCCUUCAGUCGGCUUCUUUGAUCAAGGGAAAGACAUCCCUGCUCAGCUUCAGAGUGAUGGUCCUGCUGGGACCGCUUCCUUGGGUUCGCCUGCUAGUCCUGGGAGUGGCUACAAUAAAGUGUCCAAGCACCUGAUCUUCCAGGGGCCAGUGUACAAUGAUAAUGAAGACUUGCAGUCCAGAAUUGACACCAGCAUACCUUUCCAUGGCUUCACAUUACAAGCCAAGAAACCGAGGUCCCACGCACCUCCGCAGCAGGCUAGAUACCAGGUGCCGCCCAUGCCGCAGCAGCAGGCUAGCUACCAGGUGCCGCCCAUGCCGCAGCAGCAGGCUAGCUACCAGGCGCCCCCAAAGCAGCAGCAGGCUAGCUACCAGGCGCCCCCAAAGCCGCAGCAGGCUAGCUACCAGGCGCCCCCCAAGCCGCAGCAGGCUAGCUACCAGGCGCCCCCCAAGCCGCAGCAGCAGGCUAGCUACCAGGCGCCCCCAAAGCAGCAGCAGCAGGCUAGCUACCAGGCGCCCCCAAAGCCGCAGCAGCAGGCUAGCUACCUGGUUCCCCCAAAGCCGCAGCAGCAGGCUAGCUACCAGGCGCCCCCAAAGCCGCAGCAGCAGGCUAGCUACCAGGCGCCCCCAAAGCCGCAGCAGCUGGCUAGCUACCAGGCGCCCCCAAAGCCGCAGCAGGCUAGCUACCUGGUUCCCCCAAAGCAGCAGCAGGCUAGCUACCAGGCGCCCCCAAAGCCGCAGCAGCAGGCUAGCUACCAGGCGCCCCCAAAGCCGCAGCAGCAGGCUAGCUACCAGGCGCCCCCAAAGCAGCAGCAGCAGCAGGCUAGCUACCAGGCGCCCCCAAAGCCGCAGCAGCAGCAGGCUAGCUACCAGGCGCCCCCAAAGCCGCAGCAGCAGGCUAGCUACCCGUCACCCCAUCUGUAUCAAGACUACCAGGAGCCCCUCAAGCCCCAGCUCUACAGGGUGCCCCCCAAGCAGACUAGUUACCAGGGGCCCCCCAAGCAGACUAGUUACCAGGGGCCCCCCAAGCAGACUAGUUACCAGGGGCCCCCCAAGCAGACUAGUUACCAGGGGCCCCCCAAGCAGACUAGUUACCAGGCGCCCCCAAAGCAGCAGACUGGUUACCAGGCACCCCCCAGGCCGCAGACUGGUUACCUGGUGCCCCCCAAGGACACUGGUUACCAGGCGCCCCCCAGGCAGCAGACUGGUUACCUGGCGCCCCUCAAGCAGCACACUAGUUACCAGGCGCCCCAAAAGCAGCAGACUAGUUACCAGGCGCCCCCCAAGCAGCAGGCUAGCUACCAGGCGCCCCCAAAGCCGCAGCAGCAGGCUAGCUACCAGGCGCCCCCAAAGCCGCAGCAGCAGGCUAGCUACCAGGCGCCCCCAAAGCAGCAGCAGCAGGCUAGCUACCAGGCGCCCCCAAAGCCGCAGCAGCAGGCUAGCUACCAGGCAGCCCCUCAGCAGACUAGCUACCCGUCACCCCAUCUGUAUCAAGACUACCAGGAGCCCCUCAAGCCCCAGCUCUACAGGGUGCCCCGCAUUCAGCAGGGUUACCAGGGGCCCCCCAAGCAGACUAGUUACCAGGGGCCCCCCAAGCAGACUAGUUACCAGGGGCCCCCCAAGCAGACUAGUUACCAGGGGCCCCCCAAGCAGACUAGUUACCAGGGGCCCCCCAAGCAGACUAGUUACCAGGGGCCCCCCAAGCAGACUAGUUACCAGGGGCCCCCCAAGCAGACUAGUUACCAGGCGCCCCCCAAGCAGACUAGUUACCAGGGGCCCCCCAAGCAGACUAGUUACCAGGCGCCCUCCAAGCAGACUAGUUACCAGGCGCCCCCCAGGCAGACUAGUUACCAGGCGCCCCCCAAGCAGACUGGUUACCAGGCACCCCCAAAGCAGACUGGUUACCUGGCGCCCCCAAAGCAGCAGACUGGUUACCUGGCGCUCCCCAAGGACACUGGUUACCAGGCGCCCCCCAGGCAGCAGACUGGUUACCAGGCGCCCCCCAAGGACACUGGUUACCAGGCGCCCCCCAAGCAGCAGACUGGUUACCUGGCGCCCCCAAAGCAGCAGACUGGUUCCCAGGUGCCCCCCAAGGAGACUGGCUACCAGGCGCCCCCCAGGCAGCAGACUGGCUACCAGGCGCCCCCCAGGCAGCAGACUGGUUACCAGGUGCCCCCCAGGCAGCAGACUGGUCACCCAGCGCCCCCCAAGCAGCAGACUGGUCACAUGGGGCCCCCCAGGCAGCAGACUGGUCACCAGGGGCCCCCCAGGCAGCAGACUGGUCACCAGGGGCCCCCCAGGCAGCAGACUGGUCACCAGGGGCCCCCCAGGCAGCAGACUGGUCACCCGGCGCCCCCCAAGCAUCCAGUGUACCAGGUGACCUACAGGAUCCCGCCUGCUCAGAGCCUCUUGAGGGCUCCCAGGGCCAGCACCAUACGGUAUCUCCAUGAAUGACUUCUGCAGUCUGCAGCUUCCCGUCUGAAAAUAAACUGAUUCUUAAAAACUG